CGUGAGGCUAGUACCUAUAGUUACCUAGCAGCUUGCAGCACAAUUACCACUUGGAUCAUUGUACACCUCGUUAUUAGUCAUUGUUAACAUGAUGUAGGGAUGGUAAUUCAUAGGACCUUUGAGAUGAGUCCGGAGAUAGCUACUCCCAUUCGUGGUUAUGGCUACUCCUCUCGUCUGGGUUUAUUGGUGGCUGGUACUGUAGAUGACCCUAUAGACAUUCAGUCUACAGUUAAAAGGUUUGCUGGAGGUCAAAUAGGAUCAUCACCCUGUCGUCAUAUCACAGAUGGGCCAUAUUGCACAUUAGGUGUGUCUAGUUGUAUUAAAUCCGCAUCUAAUGUUGCUUAUAAGACGCCCGAUGGUCCAGGGAGUCAUAAAUCAGUUGAUAUUGCGAUAUGUGUAGAUUGGGGUACGAUAUCUACGGACGAGCCAUCCCAUGAGGAGUUUACGAAGGGAGUAUCCAAUAAAUCAAGUACAAAGCGUGGCAAUGUUGUAUCUAACAAGGAUUAUAACGUAGGAUCUCCCAUUAAGGUGACUCCAGCCAAGAAACCAAAAGUGACACUUCGUAUGAAGAAUGUAAGUGGCAUUGUCUCUUGUGGUUCCAUGUCAAAAGAAGUUGCCGUUUCAUCAACGCCAAUUCAACCACAAGUGUCCUGUGGAUAUGUCCCAGAGCGUGUUGACUCUGCUAAUUUUGAUUUUAAUCCACCGAGGUGGAAGACAUUGCGUCAUAAGGUCUUGCUAAAGUUACGUCGUAAGCAAGCUCAUAACAAUUAUGACUUGGCAAUGUUUUUGUUAUUAAAGUUCGGCGGGCCCGAUACAAAUGCCGGUCGUUCUGUUAUUCGUGACAAAGCGCUUAUAAUGUGCUCAUCGUUAAGUCGUUUUUCCAAUGAUGUUGAAUUGAGGGCAUUUUACCUCCGUGAGCGCGCUGCGCUAAUCUCAAUUUUGAGCCAGCGCGUUGCACUGAACACCUAUACACCAGCUCAAUUACACCGCAAGUUGGCUAAAAUGCUACCACCAAAUAGAUGGUUUAAUCGUGCGAAGCUAUUUAAGAAAGUAAAGGAUCAGGAACAAUGGAACCCGUUUUCUAUUUUUGGAUCAUCCCUGCCGUAUGUUAGCAUUAGUGACGUUUUCAACACCCGAAAUAGCAAAGGGGAUUGUUGCCAGAGCACUGUGGAGGCUACACCUAGUAUCAACUGGUCAUCGGACCCUCUGAUGUUAGACGAAGUACUGUGGUAUCUGGAAGCAACUGGUAAAUAUAUUGACAAAAGUCGCCAGGUUUGCACCUUACAGCGCUGUUAUUGUGUAACCCCUGACCCGCAUAUCGCAUAUAAUUGGAACGACGGUCGCAACACGGCAUGGAGAGACUACCGUGGACCCCGUGCGUCUAUGGGCCAAAUGCUAAGUCCAUCGAUAUAUGAGGAAAGUAUUCUAAAUCACGAAAAGUUGCAAAGCGAGCUGGAUUGUACAACAACAGAAACAAUGUCUGCGGCCAAUAAGCAGUCCCCGCAAAAAGGAAGUAUGCCCUGCCACGCUUCUAACCAAUGGCACAUAACCCCGCAGCAACUAUUAGACACACCCGCAAUACCGGCUCCUAGGACCGGCAUUCAACCUGUAUUGACCGCGGAUCUUACACCGAACACUAGGCGUGUAAUAGAGCAAAAGGUGGUCUUCUAUCGUAACUACUUCAAGGCCAACCAGCCUGUGGAAAUUCGUGUUCAACAGCCAUAGUAGUUGGUUACAAUAAGCAGAUAUCACUCAUACGCAUAAUAUUUUAAGUAUAUAAUUCGUUAUAGACUCCAGUGAUAUACGUUAUUUCGGAGUAAUUGCUGUAUGCCGACCGAACUGGGUUCCACCAUCACAAUUAGGGGUCAUGCACCGCGCAUUGG